AUACGUUGAGUCCGAUAGGUCACCUGAUGUUUCAGCUACUGACGGCAGUGAAAAACACUGUAAGAGCUUCUUAAGGUAGACAUGGACAAACGUGAUAACUACAACCUCACUUUGGAUUGUCACUACGUUUGUUCGGAGGAAGAGCAGAUUGACAAGACUUCGGGUGUGUAGUGUAUACCCGAGUGACGAGGAAAGGUUCUUGUCAAGCGGUUUCCUACAUUUCCUACCUGCGACAAACUGAUUGAAGUGUUUGAUGAACUAGUCCGCCAUGAAAACUUUGGUGAGGAAGUAACUCACACUUACAACAGAGAGACUCGCAUCGUGUUUGACAUCAUGGAUUCUCGCGCCCACGUCUUCCUUUUUCUGAUGGCGACUCUGACGUCAGGACAGCCAGACUCCUCGUGUCCACCUGGCUGGGGCAGGCUGAGCAAUGCCACGUGUGUGCAGUUUACUGACGACUAUCGUCUGCCAUGGGCCCAGGCCCAGCAGACCUGCCAGAACCUUGGCGCCUCACUCCUCCGCUUCUCCUCGCCCGAUGAAUUGCAAGCGUUUUCUGUGGCGGCCACUGUCCGCCCUGUCGACGGCUGGUGGACUGACCUCAACAGCAUGGGAGGCACCCAGAGCUGGACGUGGGGAGGUGACGAGGAUGUGGCACCAGGUACAGUCCUGUGGGCCGCCGAGCCCACAGACAACCACCACGUUGAGAACUGCGUAUCCAUGGAUACCGCUGGUCUCCUGAGCGACGAGUCAUGUGACAGUCGGUUCGGUUUUAUCUGCACUUAUCAGAUACCACAAGGCGGUUCGUGUACCGGCAGCUUCACAAGCUACGACGGUUUCUGCCAAUACUUCACGGGUGACGACGAGACGUUGCAGGUCUCCUGGGUGGACGCCAAAGCCGCGUGCGCCUCACUGCCGGGUACACCAGGCAGCCCCAGAUCCUCCCUGGCCACCUUCUUCAGCGCCUACACCUACGAAACUUUGAAGAUUUUAUCAGGGGCUGCGGUGCCAGCGGCCAAGCGAUGGGUGGGGCUCACUGACAACAGCACGGAGAGGCAGUGGACAUGGUCCGAUGGCACGCGGGUCAACGACACUUCCUACCUGAGAUGGCGGUUAUACUUCGGCGACACACAAACCGCAGGCUGUGGGCUUGUGCAUAGUAACGGUCAGAUGGAGGUGGACGUCUGUGAAGAACCACAUCGCUUCGCCUGUAAACUUACUGUUGACUCAGCUUCCAGUUCCGAGGAGAGAGACUUCGGCUGCCCGUCCCCCUGGAUACGUGGAGGAAGGAAGUGCUACCUCUUCAACAGCAACAUGUCCGUGGUCUUUCAGGAUGCCCAAGGCUUCUGCUCCAGGAACAAGGGUCGUCUGCUCCAGGUGUCGUCAAUGGACGAGAAGGACUGGAUGGUCCAGCAGACUCUGAGCCAGAACAAGGGGGCUGUGUGGACAGGUCUUCGUCGCGCUGCUGACGGCUCCUCCUCUUGGAUUUGGGACGACGGCACAGCUGCUGACCCCACCUACAUCACCUGGAGCUCAGAACCCAAUGACGACGGGCCGGCUGGAGAAGACUGCGCUUUUCUGACGCCAGAUGGCACCUACAGCGACGCAAGCUGCUUCUACAGAAGUGCCUUCGUGUGUGAGCUGGAAUCAGAAGAUGCACCGUGUCCGGCCGGCUGGGUGGAUCAGGAGUUGGACUUCAUGUCCCUCUGCUACUACAUCAGCAACAGCACCAAGGAAGGGGGCGCCACGCGCAUGGAGGCCUUGUUUAGGUGCAGGAGGCUGGCCAACCGACAGGAGGCUCAUCUGGUGGCCAUCAAUUCUCAGGCCGAAAUGGAUUUUGUGACAUCACUAAUUAAAGGUCGGCCCUGGGACGGGUACUGGACGGACCUCACGGACUCUCGGAUAGAAGGCUUGUGGCAGUUCUCAAAUCCGUCUGAUGUCUCCCCUCCUAUUCCGUGGGCCAAGGAGCCAAACAACAGGGGUGGACAUGAAAACUGCGUUCAGAUGUACCCGGGGGGUCGCUACAACGACGUCAAUUGUGACACCAAGUCCUAUGUUUUGUGCGAAAAAAGUGUUCCAGGUGUUUCUUCAACCGCACACCUCACCUCUCAAGUCGCAGCCUGGCUCCUGCUGCUGCCACUGGUUCUCCCAGCAUUCAUCUCACUCGUCCCUCCUGAGCACUGACAGUUGGUUUUCCCUCGACGCCGCAUGUAUGUAAUGAAAGAUCGACAACAAAGCAAGAACCCCUUUAGCGACAGAUCUUGAUGUGGAGAUGGGAAAAGAAUCUGGUUACAUAGCUACAGCCCACGACAUCUCCCUCCUGCUCUUAAAGAUUAAAGUGAAGGGACAUAACAAAUGUCAACCUCAUCAGGACGGACGAGUUCUCUUCCUUUGCCUUUGUUUGUCAAACCAGUCUGAACAGCACCAUCAGUGUCCAUGGCUACUGUCUAUAGACAAAUACCUUUUUUUACAAUAUUUACUUGGUCAAAAUGGACUUAACUUAUAUAACAGUAUUUCAUUAUGAUUAUUAGUCUCCAUGUUCCCUUAGCAUAAUAUGCUGAAAACCAAAGUUAGUGCAGAGGUAUCGAAAAAAAUCGUAGAUACCUAGCUGGUUGUUUUAAAGAAUUUUUUUUUGUGAAACUAGUAUCGUCUUCCUCUGAGUGAAUUAAAUCAUUUUAUCUAUUAUUGUUCUUGAUUGCACCUCGCCCCUCCUCGCGCUCCAUCUCCAUUCAAACUUCUUUUUGUAAAUGAAGUGGUAUUUGUUUAUUUGUGAGAGAGAAUUUCAUAUUAUAUGUGGGUGUAAAUAUA